UCAUCAAAAAAAAAACAUAAGAGAUAUAUUUAUAAGAUUAACUUUUUUCACAGAUUUCUUUUAGUUUUUGUAAAAUGCAAUAAAUGUUAACGUGUACUUUUAUUCUGUGUGACUACACCAAUAAGUAACAGCAGGGAAUAAAAUAAUAGUAGACAAAAAAAAAAGAAUCGAAAAGAAAGCAAAGAGCUGUGAUUGGGCUACCAAGAAAAUUAAAAUGAAGAUAACCUUAUCUAAAGAAUCAGACUUCCAAGCUCAGAAACUGCCACGUAAGACACAUAUCUCCCACUACUCAUAUGACCCAUAUCUUAUGUUUCUUCUCAUAGAGACCAAACUCACAUUGCCAAACAAACUCGAAAAGAAAGAAGAGGAGAGAAAAAGAGAUGGCUUCUACCUCCGCCGUGUCAUUGUUCAUGCCACUCACCCAAAACCGAUCGCCGUCGUCGACAAAAACUGUAGCCUUACGCAAGCCACUAUUGCCUUUCAAGCCAUCUAAGGCGUCAUCCUCCUCCUUAGCCAUGCCUUCACGGAGGUUUCAAGUGAAUGCAUCUAACCUGAAAAUGGAGAAGGCUGUGAGCGGCUUAGCAGCAGCAGCUCUCACCGUUUCAAUGGUGAUCCCUGAGGUGGCUGAAGCCGCAGGCUCUGGAAUCUCUCCCUCUCUCAAGAACUUCUUGCUUAGCAUUGCCGCGGGAGGAGUGGUGCUCACGGUCAUCAUCGGUGUGGUUGUUGGUGUCUCCAACUUUGAUCCUGUUAAGAGAGGCUAAGGACGAGAGAUAUCUGUCUAUCAUUAUAGUAUGAUAAUGAUUUAUCAAUUCAUGUAAUAAUGAACUCUUGCAUUCUUCUUUUUCAAAAAAAAAAAAAAACUCUUGCAUU